ACCAUGGACUUGGCUCAACCUGUCUCUGAGAAUGUUUGCUACAUUCGCUGCACCUUCUGCAACACCGUUCUCGCGGUUGGGAUUCCAUGCAAGAGGUUGUUGGACACUUUGACAGUGAAAUGUGGGCAUUGCAGCAGUCUCUCAUUUCUUAGCACUAAACCUCAAUCUCAUCAGGCUUUCUGCAGUGAGUUCAAGAAGGUGCCGUCUCUAUCGUCGUCUUCAUCCACUUCCACCGAGCCGUCCUCUCCGAAAGCUCCAUUUGUGGUCAAACCUCCUGAAAAGAAGCAUAGGCUUCCAUCUGCCUACAACCGCUUCAUGAACCUCAGAGAAGAGAUACAGCGCAUCAAAUCAGCGAAUCCAGAGAUACCACAUAGAGAGGAUUUCAGUGUAGCUGCAAAAAAUUGGGCUAGGUACAUUCCAAAUCCAAACCCCCAUCAGACUUCUACUGCUUCCACCAGCACUAACAAGGCUUGAUAAACAUGGAUGGCAACUGGAGUGGGGCUAAGGCUGAUCAAGAAAAAGUUGGGUGUUUUAAGACAAUUUAGGGAAUGGAAAUAUGUUUAAUUAAGUUUGUCACGACCGCCCUUUAGGGUUAAUAAAUACGGGCGAUCGUGAUUAAAAGAAUUUAAUGAACAGACGAAGAGAAUUAGGGUUUCAAUAACGAAUUUGACCAACAAUUAAUAUUCAA